UGUUGUGAAUAGAAGGGUCCUCCUUGUUUCCUCUUUCUCUUUCAAAACCCAUAUGGCCUGUUUACACACAAUGUACAACUCAGAGCACAAGGGUCAGUACUGUAAUGGUGGUAGUGGUAGUGGUGGUGCUCCAAUGAGCCCUAGAAUUUCAUUCUCUAAUGACUUUGCUGAUGCGCAACAUGUGAUUAAGCAUGAGAGGAGCUCAAGGGAGGCACCAGUGUCUUCAGAUUUUGAGUUCUCAGUGACCAACUACUCCAUGAUGAGUGCUGAUGAGCUUUUCUCUAAGGGGAGGUUGCUGCCUUACAAGGGAAGCAACAAGAGCCAGAUGCAGAGGGGUACUACCACUCUUAGAGACGAGCUUCUUGUGGAGGAUCAGGAGGACGACGUGUCGUUUCAUAGGCCGCCGAAGGGGUCAUCGACGAGGUGGAAGGGGCUUCUGGGGCGGAAGAGGACUGCCCACAUUGGGUCCAAGAAAGCUGAGAGAGGUAGUGAUGGCUCUUCUAUGGAAGGAAGAAGGUCUGGCCUUGUGCAUGAGAGUUCUUCUUCACAGGAGGUGUUGAAUGAAGGAGGGUCAAGUUGGAGGGGGUUUGAGAUUGGAAUAUAAUGGUGGCAUUGAGUAAUGUUAGGGGUGACCUGAUGAAUUUGUAGAGGUGUGGGAGUGCUGUAAUUUUUUUUUUUCUUUGUUUGGAUUUUGGAGGCUAGAAAAACAGGAUGAUCAAUUAUUAGUCCUGUAUUUUUUUUUUUUUUUUUAAGGUCAGGGUUUUUGGGUAAACUUAGAGGUUGUGAUGACUUCUGUGGGAAUUGAUCGAGUUUUAGAGUUUCUGUGUUGUAGUUUUAUUUCAAAAUUUCUGGGUUGGGAUUUGGUCUUUUGGCUAGCUGUUCACUGUACAAAAAUGUUUGCGGUUGAAGAACCCGUGCAAUGCUAAUUAAGCUCUUGUUUCUCUGUUAUUAUUAUUAUUAUUAUUUUUUUUGUAAGUAAGGGGUCAAAAAGAUCCAGAAACAAAGAAACAGACUAAAAAAGAACUAGCUAGCUUGGCCUAUCAUUAGGCCUAACAGAGAUUCUUCUUUGCCGAGAUACUCCAUCAAGAUCAUCAAGAUAAGCAGAAGAGGCGUGAAUGGGAGGACCAUCAAACUCAAUUAUCCCAUAAGCAUGAUUGAUGCUCUCCUUAGCAAGGCAAUCAACUACCAUAUUACUUUCUCUGUAAAUGUGCUUUAGGGAGAAGCAAUAAUGGAAGUUUUUGAUCAAAUUUUUGCAGCAACAAAUAAGCGAGCCCAUGGGAUGAAGAGCAACAUCAGUAUGAGAGAUCAACUUUGCUAGAAUUGCAGAAUCCGUUUCUACUUCAAUAUGAGUAAUGUGAUAUUUAAGAGCUUGUUGAAGACCAUAAUA